GCAAGACGCCCGCAGCCUGUUUCCCUUCCUGCCCCUGAUGCAACUUGGACAUUUGAUCCCUCCCAGAGAGAAUCCGCAGUGGAGGUCACUGUCUCAGCACCGUGACCGGGUGGUAACUCAGAUGUUAAACUGAAGCAAACCGAGGAGGCGAUGGGAGGUGAGAAAAUGGAGGUUUUACAACAAAGAGGCAUCUAGAACUGCACCCUUCACCAGGCUGUCUUCAGUAAUGGAAAUGGAACUGAAGCUUAUUUUUCCCUUUUGCAUGGUGAGAACUGUGCGCAGGAACUCCUGUUCUUCACUUCCAACGAGCCAGAGCUUUAAAUGGACUCUGACAUGGACUACGAACGACCCAACGUGGAGACCAUCAAGUGUGUGGUCGUGGGCGACAACGCCGUGGGAAAGACGCGCCUCAUCUGUGCCCGGGCCUGCAACACCACCCUGACGCAAUACCAGCUACUGGCCACCCAUGUGCCCACCGUGUGGGCCAUUGAUCAGUACCGUGUCUGCCAGGAGGUCCUGGAGCGGUCCAGGGAUGUUGUUGAUGAAGUAAGCAUCUCCCUCAGGCUUUGGGACACUUUUGGAGAUCACCACAAAGACAGGCGGUUCGCAUACGGCAGGUCCGAUGUUGUGGUCCUCUGCUUUAGCAUCGCGAAUCCCAACUCCCUAAAUCAUGUGAAAACCAUGUGGUAUCAAGAAAUCAAGCACUUUUGCCCUCGAACGCCUGUGGUUCUGGUUGGCUGCCAGUUAGACCUCCGCUAUGCUGACCUGGAGGCAGUCAACCGGGCCAGACGCCCCUUAGCAAGGCCCAUAAAGAAAGGAGACAUUUUGCCCCCAGAAAAAGGCCGCGAGGUGGCGAAGGAACUGGGCAUCCCAUACUACGAGACCAGCGUGUUUGACCAGUUUGGCAUCAAGGACGUGUUCGACAAUGCCAUCCGCGCGGCCCUCAUCUCCCGCAGGCACCUGCAGUUCUGGAAAUCCCACUUGAAAAAAGUCCAGAAGCCUCUGCUUCAGGCGCCCUUCCUACCUCCGAAAGCUCCUCCCCCAGUCAUCAAGGUCCCCGAGUGUCCAUCCACCGGGGACGCCGCCUGUUUACUGGACAAUCCCCUGUGCGCCGACGUCCUCUUCGUUCUCCACAAUCAGGAGCACAUCUUUGCUCACCGCAUUUACCUCGCUACCUCUUCUUCCAAAUUCUACGACCUUUUUUUAAUGGAGUGUGAAGAAUCCCCGGGUUGGGGCGGAGGAGCUGGUGAGGAGGUGCCAGGCAGGGAUUUUCAGGGGAGGACGCAGAGUCUUGGACCAGCUGAGGAAAGGAAGGAGGGCCCCCAGAGGACCCCUCAGGCUGACCCAGGAGCCUCUUCAGGCCAGGACCUGCUGGAGAAUCCGGCUUUGCAGACCGAUACCUCGGGUUCUGAGGCACAUGCCCUGGCUGGCUGGAGCAAGGGGUUUGUCAGCAUGCACAGGGAGUUGCAGGUCAACCCCAUUUCCAAGCGGGUGGGCCCAGUGACCGUGGUCAGGCUGGACCCGUCCAUGCAGUCGGGCCCUUUCCGGACCCUUCUGAGAUUUCUCUACUCUGGGCAGCUGGAUGAGAAGGAAAAAGACCUGCUGGGGUUGGCUCAGAUGGCCGAGGUCCUGGAGAUGUUUGACCUGAGGAUGAUGGUAGAAAAUAUCCUGAACAAGGAGGCCUUUAUGAACCAGGAGAUCACGAAAGCCUUUCACGUCAGGAAAGCCAAUCGGAUCAAAGAAUGUCUCAGCAAGGGCACCUUCUCAGAUGUGACAUUUACCUUGGAUGACGGAGCCAUCAGUGCCCACAAGCCACUUCUGAUCUGUAGCUGCGAGUGGAUGGCCGCCAUGUUCGGGGGGUCCUUUGUAGAAAGCACCAACAGCGAGGUUCACCUCCCAAAUAUAAACAAGAUGUCGAUGCAGGCGGUGUUGGAAUACCUCUACACCAAGCAGUUGUCGCCCAACUUGGACCUGGACCCCCUGGAGUUAAUUGCUUUGGCAAACAGAUUUUGCCUGACACACUUGGUUGCACUCGUAGAGCAGCACGCUGUCCAGGAGCUCACCAAGGCCGCUGUCAGUGGAGUGGGCAUCGAUGGUGAAGUACUCUCCUACUUGGAGCUGGCGCAGUUUCACAAUGCCAACCAGCUAGCCGCCUGGUGUCUCCACCACAUCUGCACCAACUACAACAGCGUCUGUUCCAAGUUCCGCAAGGAAAUCAAAUCUAAGUCCGCAGACAACCAGGAGUACUUUGAGCGGCACCGCUGGCCCCCUGUGUGGUACCUGAAGGAGGAAGACCACUACCAGCGUGUGAAGAGGGAACGAGAGAAAGAGGACCUGGCACUGAACAAGCACCACUCGAGGAGAAAAUGGUGUUUCUGGCAUUCGUCCCCAGCUGUCGCCUGAGGAGGAGGAGAGAGGGGACGGUCACCCGCUAAGGCCACCUCCACCAUUGACAGCUAGCUCUACUGUAAAAACCAGUCUCCUUAGCCAUCCGCGCGGCUAAGGGUUUGGGGCACUGGGCUUUGCCACUUGUGUGCAUUUAUCUCCACCAGGAUCAAAGCACAAACUUGCCAUCAACGAGCCGGGACAUAAAAGGAAAGCUGACUGACUCUCCGAAUUCCUUCAGCCCAUAAUGUCUUUUUUUUCCUCCUCCUUGUUAGGAAGCUUUACUACACUUUAGUCCGUUAUUUUGUUCCUUUUGAUACAAAGAAAAACAAAACCCAGCUUUCGUGUCUCAGAUUCCAGAUUGGAGAAUAUUUUUCUAUGAACUCUUACAUCUCGCUGAAAUGACAAUACUGUAUAUGACUUUAUUUUAUAGUCCACACAUUGACCAUGAAGUUGCCCACGUGACCACCGAGCGUCACUCUUAAUUACAGAGUUAUCCUUUUGUUGUGAAGUAAAGAGACAGGCUGAAAUGGCCUAAAGAACAAGCUGGAAGCACUUAAUCUUUGUUCCGAUGAAUUACAUUGGUGUAAUUACCUAUUUACAAGAUUUCCUUUUUAAGUGCUAGUAAUUAUAUGGUUAUCUGUGCCAUAUAAACUAUGGUGAGGGCUAAUAGCCCACUGUUUAAAAUGUCUACAUUCAAAGAGGAUAAUUCUUAUAAUCAUUAGAAGGGCUUAUUCAACCCCAGUCCUACCAGGGGCAAGACUGACUUCCGGACCUGGGUCCCUACAGUGGAGUCAAGUCCUUCUGUUGGAUAACUGUGUCAGGGUUGGUGGCUUUUAGUGUUCUUUGAUUUUGCUGUGCUUCUACCAGCAAACCCUCCGGGGGCUUGAACAGAGAUAAGGGAAGGGGAAAAGGCUCAUCCCACAGUCUACAGGUCUGUUACUUCGGCCUCACACCUGUGGCCAACUUCACUUUGUAAGACACAUUUUGGGUUGUUUUUAACUCUUCCCAGGGAAAAUUCAGGUCACCACUAAAGUAGGCCAAGGCAGACCACCUGCUUCUACCGAGGUCUCACCAUAGAACCUGUGAAAGCAUGAAGCGGGGGACCAGGUCCUGCCUUCUCCAGCAGGGAAAGGAGCCAGAUACUAAGAGCAUAGGGAAUGGUGCUAUUACGUGGUAGUUCUGACCCCCGGUCCCUAGGGAAGGUCAGGGGAGCUCGCAAGAGGCAUCAACAUCAUUGCCUCCCUGCAGAUUAAUGUGUGCAGACACACACACACACACACACACACACACACAACCAUCAGAGAGUCACAGCUCUACAACUACCACUGGAUGCUGUGUGUCUAACACCGGGGCUCAUCCUGUUGGGAAGUCACCUCAUUGUCGAUAAGGGCUAUUGAUUUUUUUUUUCAUUUAUUUUUUGGUUUCUUUCUCUCUUUUUUUUUUCUUUUUCUUUUUUUCUGAAGAUGAUGGGAAAGAGACAGUUGAGUCCAAACUCCAAAUGCCAUAUGGAUUUGGAAAUCUGUGUAGACCACAGGCAGGCAUUUGUUUCUGACAUGGCCACAUAACCAGAUACAAGAACUUAGAAAGACCCAGGAAGGCACCACCCUCUCAAGGCAAAGAGGGCAGCAGGGGCAGGGCGCAGCGGGACGGGGCAGGGCACUGAUUAAGCCUUCCCCCUUAACUUUGUUAAUAGGGCAAAUGGCUGAUGAAGGAGACGUAGCAUAUAGCCACCUGGAGGCUCUGUUUUUCAGUGAGUAGUCCUAGUUGAACGUAACAACCAAAGCUCCAUCUGACUGUACUCUUGCCAAAACACAACAGACACAUGCACAUGCACGAACAUGGGGCAUAAGCAAUAAUAUCCUCUCAUGUUCUUCACGGCUGCUCGAACCAAGUGGCUGGUUCAUUUGGUUGACACUGAUCCGCCUUUAACCACGAUGGUUUGUUUCGUGUUUUUUGUUUUGUUUUGUUUUUUAUUUCACAGAAAGCCAAUAAAAUUGUUUAGCUAUAAAAAUGA